AUGGCUGAAGACUCUGUCACGGGACGCCCGCCGUCGCCUCCUCAUUCAAGCGACGGCCAUUACAGCCAGGGCGACAAUAACCGACCGAGAGCGCCCGUUGUUGUGAAGCCCGAGCCAUUCACGCCGCCAAUGCCCCCGGCAUCAAUCAUGUCAGACAUUAGCUCCCAACAAACAUAUGGUUCUUACGAUGACCCGUCCCUAUAUCAUACAGCACCAACUCCGGUUUACUACACACCCCAGCAAACUAUGGCAAGAUCCGUUCCAUCUCACACUCCUCCGCAAAACAUUGGCAUCCUGACACGCAGCGGUCGGACCAUCGGGACCCCGUCGAGCCCUGAAGGAACCGAAUCAUCACGUGCUUCUCUGUCACCGAAGUCGCGGAAGAAUCUCAGAAAGAAAGCGAGCAACAAAAAGGGAGGACCUGUCGUCGAGCAACCACUCAGCAUCCUGACAAAGGAUUAUACGACGCCAGUCCGGGAUAUGGCACUUUGGGUCAACCGGCCAGUGGAAGAACGGUUGGCAGAGGUAGAAAGGAAAAAAGGAUAUAUAUCCAGACCGAUGAACUCGUUCAUGCUGUACCGAUCUGCGUAUGCAGAGCGAGUGAAGCAAUUCUGCAAAGAGAACAACCACCAGGUAGUGUCGCAGGUGACGGGCGCAAGUUGGCCGCUGGAACCAAAAGAAGUCCGAGAUCUGUACGAGCGUUAUGCCAUUGUUGAACGCGACAACCAUGCCGCAGCGCACCCCAACUACAAGUUUGCACCAAACAAGGCAGGGAAGAGGACAAGAACCGAAGGCGACGUCAGUGACAGCGAUCCCGAGUGGGAAGGUUCAGUCAAGAGCUCCAAGCGCAGUCGCAGCGUCCGGCGUUUCGAGAGCAGAAGUGCAUCCUCCACACCAUUCGAGGAGAGGCCAGCCGUCUACCACCGCGUGAUACCAGCACAGCAUCACUUGUCAGGAUAUGAAAUGAGCAAUCCAUACGCACCGGCUCCCAUCAUGGUCAGUUCCAAUGGUAUGGUGGGAGACUAUUAUCAAGCUGCAGCUGCCGUUGGGCCGUACGAGCAUGUACCCGAUAUCACCUAUCGAAGGCUAGAGGAUGCUUUUUCUCCAUAUCAGACGACAAUGGGCUUGGUGGCGCUGCCGCAUGCUGAGCACCAUGAGCUGCUGACGACGUACCCUGCGCCCCAGCCUGUCGCGGUGCCCGUUCAGCACGACAUGCUCGACCCUCGUCUGGGACAACUGGACCCUAAUUACCAGCUCGUGUAUUAUGAAGGCGGUGCGGAGUCGGCACAUGAAAUCCCGAGGACAAUUGCCUAUGAGUCUGCGCCACAACUCGAGUUGGGCUACCAGGCUGAGGUUUACCAUCCAGGUCUAGCAACUUUGACAGAGGAACAUGAUGUAUGGGCAGAUCCAGGACAGGCGGGUUCGGACUUUGAUUCGGAGUUUCAGAAGAUGAGUUGA